ACUAGUAGGAGGAAACAGAGAGCUAGCAGAAUAUACUCUGCGUCGUCUACAUUGUCUCUGACAUUUGUCCUUCUGCUCUUCUUCGUCCUCUUCGGAGAGAAAAAUGCCGGAGAGAGGCAAAUCGAAAAUAAUUCCACCAUUUCCCAAACCACCGUAUUGUUCCACAGAAGUUGCCGGGGGCAGAAUUCGGAGACGUCGGGCAAGACGUGGCGUCAGACGCCGUCGGCAACGAAGAGAGUCUCCAUCCGUGGAAGGGAGUGCAACGACAUCUCCAAGGGUCAAGAGGUCGAAGUAGUAUCGUGCGUAGACGGCCGGAGGAAUUCCUGUGUUGAAUUGCAAGAGGCUCAGUGUAUGCCGCUCCAAAUCGUUCCUAAAAUUACAAGAUGCAUUUACCCAAUAAAACGAAAAAACUGA